UCAUUGAAACUUUGUCAUCAAUGAACAGUGUUGCGCCUGUGCGUCCAGAGGAGGCCUCUCCUAGCCAUUCAGCUCCGCCCCCAGCACAAACCGGUUGGUUUCCGAUGCCAUGCCGGCGACCUUAUAACGCAGGAGCCCUAGCCGCGCAGCCGAGAGGAGAUACAGCGCAGAGAGGCUGGUACUGCUACUGAACCGGGGGACGCUGCUGUCUAUGUCUCCCAACAAGCGUUAUAUAGAGAAGAGCAGCCGAGGCACAGUACAGAGCGGACAAUAAAUUAGGAACACGAAGGGAGGUUUGUGGAAGAAAGCAAGACGACCACUUCAUACCGACCAACAGUGCCUGCUGUUACCCCCACACAAGCUGCGGGAUCAGGGACUUUAAAAAGAGAUAACCGGUGCGUAAAGUUGGUGAGCUGAUCUGUCCAUUCCUCGCUUCCACUGAGAAAACGAUCAGUGUCGAUUUGUGGGGAUUGCUGUAUUCCUGAGGUUCCGGUUCCAGCGUGGAUUUUAGAAUCCAUCAUAGUGCCUUUGUCUGUGGAUGAGCGACGCUUGUUGGAUGUAACGUUUCCCACGGAGCACUGCGGGGAGACACUGAAAGCGUUAGUGUGUGCGUGCUCCAUGUGUGCGGAAGAAGAUAUGGAUUUGCUUUGGCUAUAGCCAAGAUUUGCCGUGUUAGUUCUUUUUAAAUUUUUUGACAGUGUGUCUGUUGCUUCGCUGAUAUUUGAUUUUUAUCAGUCUUGAACGACCGCUGCGAUUUCAUGCGGAAUUACAACCAUGAACUUUAUUUUUAGUUUGUUACAAAUCCUUUUGGCAGCGGUUCUUCACCUAUCCACUGUAAAGACUGUCAGCAUUAACAAGGGAGUGGAGAAGAGUAAAAAUGAGGUCAUCCCUCUCACAGAAGUCCUCAUCAAGAGUAUGUGUCAGCCCAGGGAGGUGCUUGUGGACAUCAUCCAGGAGUAUCCAGAGGACACGGAGCACAAUUACAUCCCUUCCUGUGUGGUCCUCAGCCGCUGUGGAGGUUGCUGCAAUGAUGAGGCAAUGGAGUGUGUACCCACAGAAACCCGCAACGUGACAUUGCAGGUAAUGCUGUUUAGACCAUUGGUAAUACAACGUAUUACUGACUUAAGUUUCACAGAGCAUCAAAAGUGUGACUGCAGAGUAAAGUCAGAUGUUCAAGUAAAGAAACAAUACCACUGUGCGCCUUGCUCACAGAGAAGAAAGCGCUUGUUUGUGCAGGAUCCUCACACCUGUAAAUGUUCCUGCAAAUUCACACAAUUAAACUGCAAGUCCAGGCAACUUGAGUUAAACGAAAGAACUUGCAGAUGUGUCAAACCAAGGAGAUGAGACCAGCAACACUGUUAUGAAGAAAUUCUUGUCUUGGCACAGCACUUUGAAACCUGAGGAUGCAUUCCCGGCAAGGACACAAAACAAGAACACAUGACAGGACAUUCUGAAUGCAGAUCUUGCCACUCUCUGUUUUCCGCCUAAAGAUAUUAUGUAUGUACAUAUACUAUGAAUACAACUACAUUGUAUAUUGCUGCUACAUAUAGACACUAUUUAAAGCGAAACGAAUGCACCACUAGUGUGUGAAUGGGAAAUGUCUCUGUGCCCUAAUGCUCAUAUGUAAAACUGGGAGAAGAAAUCUUUUAUUUUAUGUAACACUUCACUGGAUGCUGGUCUGCUGUGGAUUUGAAUACCUUAAAUAUUUCUUAGAAGACAAACUGGUGACCACAACAACAUGGAGCAGUGCAGCAGAAGGCAAAUUCACCUCUGAACUCUGACAGAAGAGACUGAAAGGAAACACACAGGACUAGUUGUACUUGAACUGAACAGCAAGUCCAACAGCUGUUGUGUGACAUGGUCUGAAGUUUAGUCUCCACUGAACUGGUGUGAAGUUACUGUUGACAAAGGUUAAGUGCAGCGGUAUCAGAUAAUGUGAAGAUGACUUUCUUCCCUCGUGGAAGGGUUGACAAUGGUAAGAACUGGACUACAGAUUAGUUAAUGAUUUUGGCAGGUAAAUAGAUUUUAGCCUGUGUUAAACUUUGGUUAGGGUAUGGCCUAUCCCUAAGGGUGAGCAUGUAAAUGACCUUUAACUUUGGAGUGAAAAGUAGAAACAGAAUUUUCAUCAGGGUUAGAGAAAAACCGCCACCUGUUUAAGUUUAUGCCUCCUCCUGUAACCCUUCUGUGGUGGGAGAACAGAUUUGUUUUGUUAGUUUAUUAUUGACAUUUUGAGGUGUUUGUGUUUCACAACAUCUUGAGGCCAGGCUGUCUAAAGAGACAUUACUGUAGGUAUAUAUAGAUGACAUCACCACCUAACCUUCAAAACCUUCCAGUUUCUUUAUUUAAUGGCUUUGUGUUUGUUUCCAAAGAAAUAUGCAUCUACAACAGAGCAAUUCAUUUUUAACAAUCUGUAUAUGUUCAUUAGACAUCCCUUCGUCGGGUACACUGCAUUUAAUUUAUAGAAUAUUUUCAGUAUUUUGUUCUAUGAUAUUUAUAUGCUGUGUUAAGGUUGUUUUUUUUUGUACUCCUGAACUGUUUUCAGUUUGUCUGGAGUUUGGAUGGAGAAUACAUAUGGUUGCAGAUGCCUUUUUAUGUGGGGACAAAGGACUGAAGGACAGUGCUUUGACAUUCCUGAUAUAAACUAAAGCCAGAAGGGAAUCAUGCUGGGACCGCUGACCGAUAGAAACCCAAGUUACCAACAUAUGUGGGAAUGAUGUGCCCGCACAGGUGUUUUUUUUGUUUGUUUGUUUUUUAUUCUUGACUGGAGCGAUGGGCAUGUGGUUUUGCACUUGUGGGCCUAAAGACACAUCAUAUUAAGGACUGUAGGAGUCUUGUUGCCACUGCUCAGCUUGACCCUAAUAUAGUGAAGUCAUUCGGACUGUGGCCUCUUGUCUGUGGGUGGCGAACUGGCACAGUGUUUUCUCUGAUUAGAACCCAAGCACUAACAUAAUGUCCUCACUCUUAAUAUUAUACUGUUGUGAGGUUCACCACUGCUUAUCACAAAUCAAAUAUUUCCUUUGAUGUUAAAAUGUUAUAUGAGAAAAGAACCUGACUCUUUGAUAGGAUCUAAAGUACAAUAAAGUCACAAGGUAAAUAUAUAAGUGAGACGCAUAAGUUGCACUAGGAAGAUUUAAAACUACUAAUGACAUAAGGUCACUGUAAUACAGUAUGUACUGCCAUAUAUUAUGUAUUUUAUUUAAAUAUCAUACCUGGUUCAGAUUUAAUGUCCAGGAGCUGUGGUAAUUAUGUGAAAAAUUUUGUCCAGAUGGCAAAUGCACAGAGGACAGUUUGGACCUUGGAAAAAAUGUACCUCUGACAUUUCUAUGUAGCCUUAGCAGUCAUGCCCAAAUUAGUCAUUUGUGUUCUUGAGUUGAUAAUUUGUGCCUAGCAAUUAGUACUUAUGGAAUUAAUAAUUUAUUGGAAUUAGUAGCACAUUAGUAAUUAGUUCCCUUAAAUUGCUCAAGAGAACCCAAUGAAUUCUGAAAAUUCCACAAACUUAACAGCUAAAACCUUGAAAACAGAAUACACAUGUAUCGCUGUCACAAAUAUAAUUCAUUCAUCUUCCACUGUUUAUGUGACAAAGCAGCAUGUGUGCACCUAGCAGGUAAACAGAGUGCAGUAAUAAGUCACAUCUACACUGAAAGGCUCCUCUGUAAGUCACAGGACCAGCCACAACCACCUGUAUCUUCAGGUCUUAACUGUUACAAUAACUUUGACUCAUUUGAAAGAACAAAUGACUAAUUUGUGUGCGCAACUUAAACAUUCAAAGGUGUGAAUAUGUAAUUGCAUUGUGUGCAAGGCUUAUUGUCAGAAAUGGUCAGGAGACAGGUCAAGACUUUAGAUUUUAGUCAUCUUUUUCAAAUGGCUUUUACCUGUUUCCAUGCAACAAAGCUAUAAUGUAGUAUAAGCUGUUAUAAUGAGCCAUUCUAAAGGGUCUUGAUAUCAGAUGCUUAUAGCCUAAAGCUGCUACACAGAAAAGCAUCCACCCUCCAAAAUCACGUCUUUUCAUGAAUCCUACCUGUGUGUCUGUUGGUGCCAGAUGUACCAAUGCUGUGUAUGUGAACUGACCUUCUGUGCGGCCACCCUCAAACUAGAGGCCUGAGAGUGUUUUCACUGAGUCCGGCUGCUAGCUCUGUGCCUAAGCCUCUCCACUCCUCUCAUGAUCACAUCAUUUGAUUUGUAUUUAAAUGAAUUGUACAGCCAUGUUUUUAGUAUAUUUU